AUGAGUAAGCAGGAUGUUCCUUGCUCAACUGUGAGAUUUAAAAAGUCUUCAGGGUUGCGAUAUCAAGUGAGGCCUGAGGAGACUCAAAGGCCCAGAGAAGCUGGCUGCAGAGUGUUUUCAGUUCCCUGGCAGCUCACUGUGAUUGCUAUUGGAAUCCUCCUUUCCCUUCGGCUGGUUGCUGUUGCAAUAUUGGUGACAAACAUUUUUCAGUAUAAUCAUGAAACACAUGAACUGCAAAAAACUCAAAACUGUCAACAUAACUGCAGCACCAUGGAAAAUGACAUCAAAUUAAAGGAAGAAAUGCUGAGAAAUAUAUCUGUAGAGAGUGUUCAAUACAAUGCUUUUCUAGACCUAAUCAACAGAGAACAAAACAGAUGGUACAAGAAAACUAAGACUGUUUUAGCUUCCCCUCAGCACACAGGCAGGUGUGUUGAAAUGCACUUGUUCUGUUAUGGUAUAAAAUGUUAUUAUUUCAUCAUGGACAAAAGAACAUGGCGUGAAUGUAAACAAACCUGCCAGAAUUACAGCCUAUCCUUUCUGAAGAUAGAUGAUAAGGAUGAACUGAAGUUCCUUCAGGACCACAUUAUUCGUGACAAUUACUGGAUUGGAUCAUCAUAUAAUAACAAAAAAAAAGAAUGGUCAUGGAUUGACAACAGCCCAUUUGAUCUUGAUUUUGUGGGAAGGACUUCGCUACGAAAAACAGGAUACUGUAUGUAUUUCAGUAUGUCAGGUCUACAUGAUGAUGACUGUGGUAAAAGAUAUCUCUGUAUCUGUGAAAAGGGAAUGGACAAAAUCCCUGCCCCAUUGUGCAGUGUGAAGGAAACGUCACAUUCUGCUGUGUGA